AUGUUGAAACAAAAAAGUACAUUGCCUGGCAAUUUUAUACUGUUUGGGGGAGUUUUAAAUCAGGCCUAUUUAGAAUUAACAAUGAAUUGGCUUUGUAAUAUUUAUGGACUUCCAAAAAUUAAAAAAAUUGGGAAGAAUAAUAAAAAGAGGCUAAUUAAUUUAAAUGAGGGAAAUAUUGAGUUAUUAAAUGUUACUUUAUUUGUUGGGUUGGAUUCAGGCAAAAUAUGUUCGCAAAUCAUCAAAAAACAAAAAGCUUUGGACGAACCUUUGAGUUGGGGUAGACUACGUUAUGUGCAAAUACUUAAUGCACGUGCACAAUUACUAUCAAAAUUGGGAGAGGAAUCAAUUCCUUUUGUUUUGGCCGAAAGCGAUGCUAUUUGGUUAAGGAAUCCAUUUGAAGAAUUAUUUCCAAAUCUAAAUUCAUUGGAUGAUGUGGAUUUAGUGUUGCCUUUAAAUUCUCAAAGCGGGACUAUUAAAGGGCAGAGAUUUGCUUUUGAUCCAAUGUUUGCUUUUGCAACAAAUGCUACUAUAUUGGCUUUGCAAAGGAUGAAUAAAUUAUUAAAUGGAGAGAAUUCUUCGAUUUCCUUGAUGGAUCAGGAUGUCCUUAACCAAUUAUGUUUUAGUCAAUAUUCUGGACUUGUCUGUCGUGAUUUUGAUAGGUCAGAUAUAGCCGAUGGUGCCUGGCUUAAAUUAAGUGAAACAGAAAGGCUUAGAGCUGCUAAAAAAUUUGGGCAUUGGCCUUAUAUUGUAAAUAAUAAUUUUUAUGUUGGAGUGCAUAAUAAAAUGGCUAGGUAA